AUGCUGACCUCAAAAACAAGAAGAGACAGUAGUGAGAGGAGUAGAACAGGAAGCACGCAGAGAGUGAUUAGACAAAAUGGAGAGUUGUUUGGAGUGAUACACGAAAGUAGAGCAUCAAAAACAGCAAGGGAUGAUUACUUUCGACCGGAAUCAACCUACUCAUCAUCAUUUGUAGUACCUAGAACAUCCGAUCAGCUCAACUCAUCAGGUUCUUCUUUUAAAAAACCAUUAAUGCCUUAUAAAAUGAAUGCUCCUAGAAAUAUGCUACCAGUUAGAUUCUCUCAUGAUACUGUUCAAGGAAGGAAGAAUGCCAGAAACAGCAGUCAAUUCAAUCUGAGGGAUGGAGCUAAUUCUGAUCGAACACGGUUUAGGACAACCAAUCAAGUGAGCUACAUUAAUCAUUCGGGUGGUCUUCCUGUUGGAUUUGAAAAUAAGGGGAUACUGAGCGAGAAAACAAAGUGGUUCCACAAACGUCAAAUGGAUUAACAGCUCCUUAUUUCCCAUCCUCUUCCUUCAUCAUUGUACAUAUUAAAAAAAGCUAAGCCC